AUCAGAUGAUCUUUUUAAGCUGAUAAUCUGUCUCUAAUCAGGAAUAUUCAAUGUCUACAUUGGGGAAUUUACUAAACAUCGACAUUGUGUCACUGACAGCAGUUAUUUGCUCACUUCAAAGAGCGUAGACACAUCAGUGUUGUGUCUUUUCACCAGCAGUGAGGAGACUGUCAUCUAAAUGCAGAAUGCCUGUCAGUACCUGCACACUGGGUGGAGAGGUACAAUUCCUGCCUGUCCUCCUCCUCCUCCUCUUCCUCAACGCUGUGAUGGGAUUCAAGCUGUGUCCGAGCCACUGCCUCUGCUACGAGUCCUCCGACCUGGUGGACUGCAGGUCCCGUGGGCUGACCCGCAUACCCUCUAGUGUCCCCCACGGCACCUGGCUGCUGGACCUGAGUGGGAACAAAAUGACAGAAGUACGCAGCAGAUCCUUCACAGGGCUGUGGUCACUCAAGAUUCUGCUCAUUUCUAACAGCAGCAUCCAAACCCUGCAGCCACAGUCUUUGUCAUCACUGCAAUUUCUGGAAAGGUUGGACUUGAGUUACAACAGUCUGCAGAAGCUCCCUGAGGACUUCUCUGAGAGCCUGUCCUCCCUCCAAGAACUCAAGCUGGACCACAACCUGCUGCAACACCUGGACUCUACUUCCCUGGGUGACUUUGAAAAUCUGCGGAAACUGGACCUCAGCUACAACAACAUCUCCACCAUAGAUAUCAGGGCGUUCGACAGUCUGUCUCGGCUGAUCAUCCUCAACCUGGAGGAGAACAAACUGAAUGUGGUCAGGGAUCAGCUGCUGAGCAGGCAGCAGAGCCUGGAGGUGCUGCUGCUCAACCAUAACAACAUCUCAGUGAUAGACUCUGAUGCUCUGUCCCCUUUGCGGAGCCUGGUGCUACUGGGUUUGCGGGGAAACAAACUAGACCACAUUAGGUUCAAAACCUUCCUAGAACUCCACACCACCAGCACCCACCUUCAGCUGUCCUCCAACCCCUGGACAUGUGACUGUGAACUGCAACGUGUCUUUGGAAAGAUUCAGCGUGUUCGACAUCUACGGGUUUUGGACUACAAAGAAAUCAUCUGCCACGCUCCCCCUCAGCAGGCUGGGCUCAGUCUGUCCGACCUGGACAGUCAGCUGUGUAUGGCUGAAACGGUGUCAGUGCUGGUCAUCACCUUCACUGUCCUGUUGGCAGUGGUCGGCACUCUGAUGAAAGCAGAACGCAAUCGUAAGAAAAAACUAAUUGCAAUGGAGACAGAGUCACAGAGACAAGAAAAAUGAUGUGUUUUAUUCAUGGCCACGUGUGGGACUGAGACUGAGGGAGGUGUGACUGAAGAAAACCACAAUAUAUCAUGUUCCAUUCUGAUAGGUCACCUGAACCACAGACUGAUAUCUUCAUGACUUUUAGUACCUCCUUCAAAGCCUUUGAUCGUUUACCUUGUAUCAAGUGAUGCAGUUUACGUAAGCUACUGCUACAAUAGCUGAAACUUGUGUCACAUUUUGGUGGCAAUGACUUCAGUCGUGCUUUUUCACCAAUGAAUUGUCUGGGCUUGUACCAGAGGUAGGCUAGAAUCCACCAUACUGUCUUUUGAGUUUACAUGU